AUGCUUUGAAUCUUCAGCGGCCUAGGGAGCAGUUAUAUAAGGAGGAAUCAGAUACAGCAAAUCUAUGCCAUUGCCUUGCCGGUAAGGAGUUCUUGGAAAUAACUUCAAAACCAAACGGGAUAUUGUCUCGGGAGAAAAACGUAUAUCUUGUUUCGAAAAUAAUAUGGAGAAUUCAGCAAUUGCUGCUAUAUUGUUUCUUUUGUACUUUUUUGUUUUCUGCCCUCAAUUAGGGGUUCACUCAUUCGCCACUCCUUCAGACGUCCAAGAUUUUAGCUACUUGAAAUUUGUACGUAACGCAACUGAUCUACCAUUGCAAGAAAAAUAUGACUACAUUGUGGUUGGAGGGGGCACGGCAGGGUGCCCAUUGGCAGCAACUUUAUCCGCGAACUACUCCGUGCUCCUUCUAGAAAGGGGAGAUAUUCCCACAGCAUAUCCAAACGUGUUGAGUAACGCUGGGAUUCUUGCAAAUUUCAUGCAAGAAGAUGACGGUAAGACGCCGGCCCAGAGGUUCACAUCAGAAGAUGGUGUAGCUUUUGUAAGAGGACGGGUCCUGGGCGGGUCAAGUAUGAUCAAUGUUGGUCUUUACUCAAGAGCCGACAGUGAAUUCCUCAAGAAAUCAGGAAUUAAAUUGGACAUGAACUUAGUCAAUAAUUCAUAUGAAUGGGUUGAAAACACUCUAGUAUUCCGUCCGAAUUUAUCACACUGGCAAUCUGUUGUGAAAGAUGCACUGUUAGAAGCUGGUGUUCGUCCAGACAAUGGACUUACUUUGGACCACAUUCAGGGAACUAAAAUCACGGGUACGAUCUUUGACGAUCGUGGAAGAAGACAUGGAGCUGUGGAACUGCUAAAUAAAGGACAUCCAAAAAACCUAAGAGUUGCAAUUCAUGCCGCAGUAGAGAGGAUCAUUUUCUCUUCCAAAGCAUCAGGUUUGUCAGCUAAAGGAAUCAUAUACACUGAUUCUAACGGGAGGUCUCAUCAGGCAUUGAUACGUGGUAAGGGUGAGGUUAUAUUGAGUGCAGGAGCAAUUGGGAGUCCUCAACUUCUGCUACUUAGCGGUGUUGGCCCGAAGUCCUACCUUUCAUCUCUUAAAAUCCCAGUUGUUCACCCACAACCUUACGUUGGGCAGUUUAUGCGUGACAAUCCUCGUCAUUACGUUACCAUUUUGCCGCCAUCUGAACUAGAACCUUCUACUGCACAGAUUGCUGGUAUCACAAGUGAUUACUAUAUAGAGACUUUCUCCGGCUUACCAUUUUCUACCAUGGCCUUUAGUCUUUUCCCUAAUCCAACUAUUCCCAUGACGAUAAAUUCAACUUUCGGGCACAUUGUUACCAAAAAUCCAGCACCCUUGUCCUAUGGUUCUCUUAAACUGCAAUCAUCCUAUGAUGUCAAAGUCGGCCCAAGUGUCAAAUUUAACUACUUUGCAAAGAAGGCAGACCUUUCUCGUUGUGUUAGUGCCGUGAGGAAAAUGGGUGAUUUAUUAAAAACAACCUCAUUGAAACCAUUUAAGAUUCGAGAUUUGCCAGGCGAAAAUGGUUUUAACCUUUUUGGACCACCUUUACCAAUGAACCAGUCAGAUGUUGCAUCCAUUGAAACAUUCUGUCGAGAUACAGUAGCCACAAUUUGGCACUACCAUGGUGGAUGCCUCGUCGGAAAGGUAGUUGAUGGAGAUUUCCGGGUCAGGGGGAUCAAGGCAUUACGUGUUGUUGAUGGAUCUGUGUUCAAAAGUUUAUCACCAGGGACCAAUCCUCAAGCCACUCUUAUGAUGUUAGGCAGGCAUGUUGGCCUUCGAAUGCUGGAAGAAAGAUCAGCUUGCAAGGGGCGUUGAUCAUAAUUCAAGAUUAUGGUUAAUUUGUCAUGCAAUAAGUUGAAGAUUAUUGAACAAGGGUUAGUGUUAUGGUUUUUACUUAAGACAAACUUAGCUAAUAAAGUCAUGAUGUAACUCAAGACUCAAGUGGUACUGGAUGGAUAGAACAAUUGAAUCGAAGCUGUAGGCACAUUAGUUUUAGGGAAAUUGGUUCGAUGACCCUAUUGCAAAGCCCUCUUCCUAAAAUUCAAUAUGUAUCCAUAUGUUGUCCAAACGUUGAUAUUUCAUUAAUAUGCUGUUGAUAUUUGGUUGAUAUGUUAUUCAUUUUUUGUCGAUA